AUGGCCCGCGACUCAGCAGAAGCGCUUCGCCUUGAGGAAGAAGGUAGCGCCCUGUCUUCCAACAGAAAUUAUCCAGCAGCCUACAAGAAAUACACGAAUGCUAUCCAGUAUGACGACAAGAACGCCGUGCCCUAUGCGAAUCGCGCCGCAUGUUCUCAAAAUAUGGCACGGCCACGAAAGUCGAUCCCGGAUACCCGAAAGCUUGGGCACGUCUCGCCACGGCACAGCGCUCUCGGGAGUAUUCAACAAAGCUUCGACUCCUGGAAGAAAGCGCUCGAUGCUCUGCCAACCGUGAAUCCCACGGAGAAUGCGAUAAAGCAGAAGCAACAAUAUACUGCUGAAUUACAAGUUACCGUGACAUCGAGCAAGCUUCCAUGGACACGUGCGGAGGCCAUGAAGCAGGAGCUACAAUCUAGCCCAGCCCUCAAGCCAAGCAGUGAGUGGAAGGGUGGCAUGGAGUUGAUGAAACAGCUACAAAGAAGACUAGUGGGCGGACAUGUCAUAUAUGAUGGGCCCACUGGAAAGCGGCAGUGCGCCGAAGGAUGGGCCAGUGUGCGCCUGGCCCUUGCGGUUACAGUACACGCGUGGUUGAUGCGCGGUUUCUACAUGGCCCACGCGACGAACAAGUCUGAUGUCGCAUUGGAGUAUUACGCUUAUGUUCUCACUGUGCUCGAAUGGGGGGAGCAGACAUGUCGGAAUGUGUCAACAGAAGACAAGGGUUCAAUAUUCCUACCUGCAUUUAGGAUAGGCGUCGAACGCUUGAGCUUGGAAGCUAUGAUGUCGGUUAAAAUGUACGGAGGGACGCCGUUCAAAAUCCUUCUUAGACGAAAUUCACGAGAAAGCUCAGGAUUUAUCCAAGGAAAUGGACAGGCUUCCCUCCUGAGUGAGACCCCGGCUUUGUAUCAUCAUUCUUCAUCUAUCCGAAAGGUGUCGCAUUGUCGGCAAUUGGAUACUAUCAUGAUCACUUGGCUUGGGGAUGGCCCCGCUUUGGGGAUGAUCCCAACGCUUUCGAAGAACACUCGCGAAGGGCAGCGAAGGGAUAUUUUGACGCGGCGGAUGUCUAUCCUCCAGAUGACGAACUGCAUGCCUCUUUUGUCCCGGUACGUAGGAAACCUCAAGUGCGGCCUUGAAGCGCUUCAUUGCAGCGACAUUUCGGCUAAGGGACUUCUCCCAGUCAUGAAGCGGAUACGACUGACCAUUCCCGAGAUGAAAAAGAUUUGGGAGAAUUCUUCGUUGUCGAAGGAGAGGGAUCUGGCCUUGCAGGGAGUACUACAGAGUGAAGAAGAGAUAGUGAAGGGCAUUAAAGGGGGCAGGUUCAUGAUGGACAGCAAGCUUAUGAUGAUGCCUCAAAAGGAGUGA